UCCGGCGAGGCGGCGGCUGACGCGCUGCGGCCCAAGAUGGACGCGCCGGCGUCGCUCGCAGCUCCGGCCCCGGCCCCGCGCGGACCCCAGCUGGGUGGCGGCCCCGGCCGGGCCCGCAGAGCCCCGGGCCCCGCGCGCCGCCGCCUGCUGCUGCUGCGGGGCCCCGAGGACGGCGCGCAGGGGCCGCGGCGCGGGGAGGCCCGGGCAGCGGGCCCCGACGGCGGCGGCGGCGGCGGCGACUCCUUCGUGGUGCUGCUGGAAGUGGCGCGCGGCGCGGCCGAGGCCCCCGGGCGGCGGGAGCCCGAGCCCGAGCCCGGCGGCGCCGCGAGCCCUGCCGGCUGCCCCGCGCAGGCUCCCGGUGCCGCUGCCCUCGCCCCCCGGCCCGGCGCGCCCCUCGCGGGCCCCGGGGCCGCGGGCGGCCAGGACCUGCUGGUGCGCCUGGAGCGCGGCGUCCUCGCGCUGGCCGCGCCGCCCCGGGGCCCGGCGCCCCGCCAGGAGGCCGCUAGCCCGGCCGAGGGCCGCCGCGUGCCCGCCGGCCCCGGCUACCGCUGCCCGGAGCCGCAGUGCGCGCUCGCCUUCGCCAAGAAGCACCAGCUCAAGGUGCACCUGCUGACGCACGGCGGCAGCCAGGGCCGGCGGCCCUUCAAGUGCCCGCUGGACGGCUGCGGCUGGGCCUUCACCACGUCCUACAAGCUCAAGCGGCACCUGCAGUCGCACGACAAGCUGCGGCCCUUCGGCUGCCCGGUGGGCGGCUGCGGCAAGAAGUUCACUACCGUGUACAACCUCAAGGCGCACAUGAAGGGCCACGAGCAGGAGAGCCUGUUCAAGUGCGAGGUGUGCGCCGAGCGCUUCCCCACGCACGCCAAGCUCAGCUCGCACCAGCGCAGCCACUUCGAGCCCGAGCGGCCCUACAAGUGUGACUUUCCCGGCUGCGAGAAGACCUUCAUCACUGUGAGCGCGCUCUUCUCCCAUAACCGGGCCCACUUCCGGGAGCAGGAGCUCUUCUCCUGCUCCUUCCCUGGGUGCAGCAAGCAGUACGACAAAGCCUGUCGCCUGAAAAUACACCUGCGGAGCCACACAGGAGAAAGGCCUUUUGUCUGUGACUCUGACAGCUGCGGCUGGACCUUCACCAGCAUGUCCAAGCUCCUGAGACACAAAAGGAAGCAUGAGGAUGACCGGAGGUUCACCUGCCCCGUCGAGGGCUGUGGGAAGUCGUUCACGCGGGCGGAGCACCUUAAGGGCCACAGCGUCACGCACCUGGGCACCAAGCCCUUCGUCUGCCCUGUGGAAGGGUGCUGCGCCAGGUUCUCCGCACGGAGCAGUCUCUACAUUCACUCCAAGAAGCACCUGCAGGACGUGGCUGCCCCGAAAAGCCGGUGCCCCGUCUCCAGCUGCGACCGGCUCUUCACCUCCAAGCACAGCAUGAAGGCGCACAUGGUCAGACAGCACCGCCGGCCCCCAGACCUCUUUCCUCCGCUGGCCGCACCCACCAGCAGCCUUGGUGGCCCCACGGACCUGGCAGCUCUCUUCUCCGACCCACCGGGGGAGGGCGGUGGUGCAGCCGGGGCCCCUGACGAGGUGCUGAGCGCUGGAAUCCUGACCAUCGAUGUGACUUCUGUGAGCUCCUCUCUCGGAGGGAGCCUCCCUGCCAGUCAUGGGUCCUUGGGGCCGAUGGACCCGCUGGUCUUGGUGGCCCACAGUGACGUUCCCCCGAGCCUGGACGGCCCCCUCGUCCUCGGGACAGCAGCCGCAGUCCUGCAGCCGAGCAGCUUUGUUGUGGACGACGUGCAGGCUGCGGGCGCGCUGGGCUGUCUCCUGGCUCUGCCCCUGGGGAACUUGAGCCAGGACCCACAGGCCUUGACUGCCAGCAGCAGUCCUGCCGCCAGCGCCUCCCUGCUGACCUCGGUGGGCAGCCCCCAGGGAAGCACCAGUGUCCCGGAGCUGCUGGUUCCAAUCAAAGUGGAGUCGGACUUGCCUCCUGGCCCCGACGCUGCGGGGCGGCCGCAGCACAGUGGAGGGGCGGCCCGACCCGUGGAGGAGCCCAGUCCCCAGAGAGACGUGGGGCGCGGUGCGGGGACCGGCAGCUUGUACUUGGAAGGUGGGGGCUCAGCAGGAACUGACUCCAGAGCCACUCAGCAAGCCCAGAAAAAAAAGCAGAGAGGAGCUGGGAGCCACGCAGGAGCUGCAGGGGCUGCUUGGAGUGAAGGGCAAGGGGAUCCAGGCCCGGCCAGCCCGAGCGGCUUGCUGUGGGGGAGCCUCGUGGUUCCCGGCGGGGCUCUGCCUGGACCUGCCCCCGCCGGGGUGCCGUGCGUCCAGGUCCAGCUGCUGCAGGACGCCCCGGUGGGUGACGUGGUCCUGCCAGUGGCCCUCAGCCCGCAGCCUCCUGCCCUGCACCCGCUGUUUGCUGUCGAUGUGCCCAUCUACGCCCUGCAGGAGGCGCUGCCCGCGGCUGGAGGGGCCUCCGGGCCUGAGGACGUCCCCAGCCUGGAGUGCAGCAGCGGCAGGCGGUGAGGGCAGCCCGGCCUGGGCCCAGCGGCCGCCCCGAAGGCCAGCCUGGCUCUUCAGAGACGCUGGGUACACUGACUGGGGAUGCACCCCUCCUGUGUUGCGGCCAGGAGCGCUCGUCACAUUCAGGAAGGGCUGAGCGGGGGCAGGGUCCCCCCUGUGGGACGGGACGGGUCUGCUUGUCACAGGGAGCUGAAUCCCACCCCGUGUCAGAGGGGCGUGUUGGGUGAAGCGGCCCCCAGGACCCGUGCAGACCCAGUUUAGUUAAAAGUUUAAAAAUGAUUUCUCUAACUUCUGUAUUUCGGUAUUAGCGUUUAAUGGUAGCUGGACAACGGUUUGCAAAGCCGCCUUCCGAGUACUGAGCUCUGUGCGGGACUGGACCCACACGUGUGUUUGUGUUGAGGUGGGAGGUGCGUGUGGAGCUGUACGUUUUCAGAGUGAGGUCUGUCUUGCAAAAGGAGACCAGUUAGUAAACUUGCACAUAUUUAUUUGUUAUUUGCAGACUGGA